UUCUUCUUCUCCUUUUUAACUCAUAACAAGCACAAACACUGGAGCAGGUGGAUCUUGCCAGCUUUAAAAUGUGACUACUAAACCUUCCACCUUCCAUUCUUGAUACUCCACCUUCACUGUACCUACUGUACCUCCAUUGCCCUCAAAACCAGCUGUCACCAUUCUACAUAUCUGAAACAUGGAGGUUUUCUCCAGAAUAAGCGAAGGCAACCCUGUUUUGAACCUCUCACGUCUACAGCUGCACGGCCUGGACCUGGACCACGUUGGAGAGGCCCAGAAGAAGCAAAUACAGCAGGUUUACCUCACUUACAACAGCCUGACACUGUUCCCCACCUCUGUCUGCCUCCUCUCCAACCUGGAGCACCUGGAUCUGAGCAACAACUCCCUCAAACUUGUGCCCGACGAAAUCACAAGGUUAACCAGCCUAAAAACUCUGGUGGCCAAAAACAAUCAUCUGGAUGAAACUUCCUUCCCCAAACACUUUGGGUCAAUGCAGAUUGAAAGCCUGAACAUGGGCGGGAACCGAUUCAGGGAGAUACCCGUGCAGUUCCUGAAGCUCAGCAAGCUGCAGUCUCUGUCACUUGGUGGGAAUAGAUUAAAGAGCAUCCCUGCGGAGAUAGGAAAGCUGAGCAGGUUGGAGAUGCUGUAUCUGGGUGGGAAUAUGAUCUCUUGUAUCCCUCCUGAACUGGCCAAUCUGAGCUGCCUCAGAUACCUGGUACUGUGUGACAACUGCAUCCAGAGCAUCCCCCCUCAGCUCAACAGACUCCACGCCUUGCUAUCUCUUAGUCUUCAUAACAACCUCCUGACAUUCCUUCCCCGGGAGAUCCUCAGCCUGGUCCACCUGCAGGAGCUCAGUCUUCGAGGCAACCCACUAGUGGUACGUUUUAUUAAGGACAUGACUUACGACCCUCCGUCUCUGCUGGAACUAGCUGGUCGGACCAUCAAAUCCCAUAACCUCCCGUACCUUCCAAGAGACCUGCCGGCCAACCUGUGCUCCUAUCUUGAUAUGGCCAGCAAGUGCCCCAACCCCAAAUGUGCAGGAGUGUAUUUCGACUCGUGUGUCCGGCACAUCAAGUUUGUGGACUUCUGCGGCAAGUUCCGCCUGCCCCUCAUGCACUACCUCUGUUCUCCAGAAUGCAGCUCUCCCUGCAGCUCCAACCCACAAAGUGACGCAGAGUCAGAAGACGAGAUCAGCGUACCUGUGGACAGACUGCAGAGAGUGCUUCUGGGAUAGCAAGAUCCUCCAGAGAUGGAGGAGAACUGUUUUAUACAUGUACAUUUUAUUUGUGUAUCAGAAAGAUACAUACACUGACGAUUUUUGGCAAAAUUAAAGGAUUUUAAGUGCACCUUAUAGUGCGAAAAAUAUCAUAAAAGGAUCAUUUGCAUAAGUAAUUAUGCAUUAGGCAGUUAGCUAGCUAACCUAGUUAGUUAACUAAAAGUCAAAAGUUGAACCUAUCUAGGAAGUUGGUAAAAUGGUUACAUUUAAACCUACAACGGAAAAACAAACUUCAUUAGCUACAACUACAAAAAAACAGUAGGGUAAAUACUGUAAACGCUUCAUCAAUGCUAACUAUAAUCACCAACUUAGCUAAAUAAUAAGCUUUGCCUGCUAAGCACUAAAAUAGAACUAAACAGCUAUAUGAUAAUUUAGUCCUGUGCAGCUAAGAACUGGACAUAUGUACAGUAUAUUCAGACCACAUUUUUGGCAACCCGUGAAACUCUGUAAAAGGGUCACAGACGCUGUUGAAUCACUAUAGAACUGUCUACCAGGGAUAUAGGAAUGUUCAUGGGGGAGAAAAAGCACAAACAUUGACGCUUCUACUAUGAACUGCUGAAACGACAGCACAAACUUCCCAGUACUACCUCUGAGUUACGCACAGUGUGUUUUGGCAGGGGACGUUAUUCUUGGAAAGUGCCAUGCAGGUUUUGGUUGGUACUUUUGGAGACUCUUCUUUUCUGUAUUGAGUCUUUUUAUGUUUUAAAGUACAAUAGACAGACAAAAGUAUUAAGACACCCACACAUUAUACUGUACCUACAGGACCAAUGUGGAAUCGGCCCCCCCUUUGCAGCUUUAACAGAAGGUUUGUAACAUUUUGAGUUAUUGAGUCAGAAUAGUGUUGGAGACUUUUAUGCACUAUGUAUUUUAGGACAUGCACUGCUAUGUAACUUUCAUACAUGAUCUGCAUGCUCCAUUUCAUUAUAGUAUAACAUUCGAAUAAAGCUUUUUAGAUCCACCCAUCCACCCACUGCAUAGCUAUGUGCAGUUUAUACACCUGUGGCCUGUAUUAAACACCUGAAUUAAAUCAUUAA